AUGGUCAACAAGGGGCAGAGCUGGGAUGCCAUUCCAACCGUGACCACAAGGGCUCACUGCAACGGGAGGGUGUUGUCAGCCCCUCCCUUGAAGGCUCCUCACUGUCCCAUCCUCUCAAACCUGUGUCAACAAGGGCACCUCAGGAAGCCAGAACCCAGCCUUCCACACAACCUGUCCUCCAGCCUGCUCACUGAGCUGACCUUGAGCCCCGUGAGCCCGUCACCUCCCAGGUAUCAGCCCGAGAUCUCCACUGCCCCAAGUCCUGCAGGUUUUUUCCCAAAGGCCCAGAGUUCUCAUCAUGUGCCACCCCCAAGCACCCCAGCCUGUCACCUACUUCCUCUUGGCCAGCGGGUCAUCCAGGUGGACCAGAAGGUGGUGGAGACCCAAAAGCCAGGGGCCCAGCGCCCCGCAGCAGAUGUACUCAGAGCUGAGGGCACUUCCAGCGGUAGAUCUUCACAGCCACCAGCACUGCAGCCAGGUGCCCAGCUGCAGAGGUGGACAAGACACUCUCGGAGGCUGAAGAAGUUGCCCUGGGCCAUUUCAGACGUCUCUUUGACAGGCUGCAAACCCUGCCUUCCUCCAGCUAGAUCCUCACUCAGGCGUCCUUGGGAGCCAGGGCAGUGGGAGCCAGGACCUGUUGCCUACCUCGCUGGGGGUGGGACCAGGACCCCCAUCCACUCUCUGACUCACACCUGAAGAAGACCAGCCACAUCUGUAAUCCUCAGCUCAGGAGGCUGAGGCAGGAGGAUUGCAAGUUCAAGGCCAGCCUCAGUAUCUUAGCAAGA